AUGGCCAGUAACAGCGUAUACAUAGUUGUGUAUGUUUAUCCCAAUUGUCGUAUGAGAAAUGGCGACAAUGGGAUGACGUUUGAGUGUGAGAAUCUGAUACUGUUGCGCACUCGGCGUGUAAGUACGUUGUGGGAGUUGAAGAGUUUGAUAUUGAGCAACCUUGGUGGUAUAGAAGCAAGGGAGGUCGGAAGGGUGGGGUAUAGUUUGCUAGCACCCAUAGGUAAUGGAGUUUUCCGGUUUCGACUAUUUCACCUUCUAGGGGACGAGCAUGUGCGACUCAUAUUUGACAUCCAUGAGAGGGUCAUGGCGGAACAGGUGAUGGAGCUUUUUCGCCGACGUUGGAGAUAUUGGUCAUGGUGGUUCUUGGAUAAGGUUGAUGAGGGCAACGAGGAGUCAGACGAAGAAUACAUGGUGGAUAAUGCAGACAGUGAUUCUUCCAAAGGGGGCGAUGAUGAAGAGUUUGUACCGGAGACACCUGCCCAGAUUGUGGCGCGCCAUAUCUUGCCUUCACCUCACCCAAUUUCGGCGCUAUCGGCAGUGCCAAGUCACUAUCAUAGUUUGGAUCUGGACGACAUGCAUGAGAGGACUCUAUUUUCUGACACGAGAGAAGAGGAUUACAACCUAGACGAUGGGGUAGAGUUUCAGGUCGACCACAGGAGUGCUGAGUACCGGGUGAUCGAAUCGGACCGAUUAAAGUACCAUGUGCACUGCCAUCAAGCUGGGAAUGGGUGUCAAUGGAGCAUCCGUGUGGCCCUUAGGCAGAACUUCGGAUACUGGGAGGUUCGGAGGGCUGGCGGAGCGCAUAGUUGUUUAACACCCACCAUGUCUCAAGACCAUCGUCAGUUAGACAGCAAUCUCAUCUGCAGGGUUAUAUUGCCAUUGAUACAGUUCAACCCCUCCGUCAGCAUUCCAGUGUUGCAAGGUGCGGUCUAUGCUAGCUAUCACUUCAAACCCUCCUAUAGAAAGGUGUGGAUGGUGAAGCAGAAGGCAAUUGCACAGAUCUACAGAGAUUGA